CAGUCGAUUUAGAAAGCCGAUUUGCGGCGCGUGUGCCGGCCACACUUUACUGCCUUCCUGUUAGUUUUAUUAAGGGUUGAUCAAAAUAGAUUCACCAUCAUUGAUAUCAGUAUGUUGCAUUGCCCAGUGAUUUGUUAUGUGGGAAGCGAGGGAAUAUGUCUGGCGGAGUCCCUGUCAGACAUAUUUCCUGCCUGUCAGACUUUGUCACAGACAGAAUGCCAGGUUUAACAAUUCUUAACUCCAUUACCUGCCAAUAAGUUCAGCACAUGCAUGCUGUAGAUCCAGGAAGCCCAUGCUUGAUGCAUGAUAGCCUGCCAAAGUUUGCAAUGAGGAGAAGGCCUCCAAGAGCUAGAAACAUGAGCCUUUUGGGUCUGCUGGCAUCAGCUUGCCGUCCCUUCGUAGCGCUGAGAAGUUUCUCGUCCCUGACGUGCCGCGUGCCGGCGCCGCUGCCGUGCGGCCCGGCGGCGCCCGUCCCCUCGGCGCGGACGGCGCCGUCUCUGCUGGACGCCUGCGCGCGCGUCUGGCCCUCGGUGACGCAGGUGCGCACGGGCAUGCGCGUGCACUUCCCGCGGCCAC